AUGUCUCUACCCGAUCCUGUCACUUUAGAGUUGAACAAAACUCUCAAAGUUUUGUCUUUCAACGUAUGGGGAUUGAAAUACAUAUCUAAAGAUAGAAAAAUACGUAUUCAAGCUAUAGCUCAUUAUUUAUCUGGGAAAUCAUAUGACAUUGUCUGUCUACAAGAGUUAUGGGUAUACGAUGAUUUUGUCAUAGUCAGGGAUCAAGUGGGAGGUGUUUUACCUUUUUCAAGGUUUUUCCAUACUGGUGCACUCGGUUCUGGUUUGGCAAUUUUUUCACGUUAUCCUAUCAUCUCAGCUCACGCUUUACCUUAUUCUCUCUCUGGAUCUCCUCAACAAGCUUUCGCUGGAGAUUUCUUUGUCAAGAAAGCAGCGGCCAAUGUGGUUUUACUUCAUCCUGUUUUGGGAGAGAUAGAGGUUUGGAACACGCAUAUGCACGCUGCGGGAGAACAUCCACCUGAUACUCGUCAAGCUCAUAGGAUUGCGGAGUCAUGGCAAUUGGCAAAUGCCAUCAGAGGUGCUGCUGCCAAAGGUCGUUAUGUGCUUUGUAUGGGCGAUCUAAACUCCCAACCGUUCUCCAUCCCUAUUGCCAUCUUACGCAAUCACGCAUCUCUUACCGACUCUUUCCUCUCCGUUCAUCCCGAUGCCAACAUAGCAUCUUCUUCAUCCCCUCAUCAAGCUAUCUCUUCCCUCGGAAUGACAUGCGAUUCUCCACUCAACACUUACUCUCAUGGUAAACCCAUUCCCUCAAAUAUCACCUCACAAGGUGGUAAACGUCUCGAUUACAUAUUCUUCCGUCAACCGGAAGUUGCACGUCGUCGUCCAUUGAUUUGGGGAUAUCGAGAUCAUCCCGUCAGUGAUAACGGUCAUGGUGAUUCAGGAAGUAUGGGAUUAGAACCUGGAAAACCAUUACAAGAAAGUGUGGAAAGAGCUCCUGAACUACGUUGUAUCAAAUCAGAAGUCGUCUUAACCGAUAUGGUACCAGGAUAUGAUUUUUCUUAUUCUGAUCAUUUUGCUCUUUUCUCAACUUUCUCAGUUGACUCACCUGAAAAAAAUCAAAAUUCUCAACCAAUCCUUGAACCGACCUCUUCAAUCCAUACCACAACCACUGGAAUCAUUGGACAGAGUUAUGGAACGACAACUUCUUUCACACCUCUCAUACCAUUAAUAUCUGAUUCUGAACCUGUGAACGAUACGACAACCACUUUUUCUCCUCCUUCGCCCCCAAUUCCAGCAAUACCGACUAAAAGGACGUCGACCGAUUCAGUAAAAUCAUCCACCAUUCAGACUGCCUUGAACACUAUGAGGAUGUAUACGUCUAUUUCACGUCAAUCGGCUAAGUUUCAAACUAGGUUAUGUGGAGUGGCUCUGGUAACUCUGGUGGGAUUGACAAUAGGAUCAGCUUGGCAACCGAAAUCUUGGUUACAACCUAUAUUCACUCUCCUGGGGGGGUUGUUGGGUGCGGCCGUAGUGACGUUUUUGUAUACCGGUUGGGUAUGGGGAAGAUGGGAAGAAGGUUUGUUAAAGGAAGUGACAGAAGAGAUGGAGUUGGAGUUGAGGGUAGUGGAGAUGGAAGAGAGAGCAGGGAGGUGA